AUGUUUGCUACUUCUUUAGAAUUCUCUGUUAACCAUUAUGAAAAGGAAAAGUAUAUAAUUGUCUCUAAUAUCUAUGAAGAAAAUUGGGAUUAUAAUAUAAUACUAACAAAUUGUACAAGUAAAGGUCAAAGUGUGUUAAUAAAUAUGGCAAAAAAAUAUAUAAGAGCCAGAUGUACAUUGAAGAAGGAAAACUCUAAAGAAGUUCAACAGAGUUUAAGUAUCCCUUCAAAAAGAAAUUUAAGAUCAACAAAUAUAAUAAAUCAAACUUUAAAUAACGAUGAGAAAAAUGUAUCUAGUGCCUUACAAAAAAACUGUGAGGAUAACAGAAAAUUAAAUGAAAUUAAAACACCAAAUGUAAUAAAAAAAAAUUGUGAAGCAAUGCUGAAAGAUGAUUUGCAAAGAACAAUUCGCUUACAUAAUAAAUCUAAAUCUUGUAAUUUAUGUGGUGAUACCUUUUCUCAUAAUAAAAUGUUACAGGAACAUCAAAAUAAAGUUAACUGUACAUUAAAUGUGGAAUUUCAAAAGACAAGCUUAUCUAGGUUAGAAAUAAAAUCAUCAAAACAAAAAUGUUUGAGAACAGAAAUAUGUAAAUCACAUAAAAGAAAACAAUCUAAUUCUUCCAAUAUUAAAAACUUAAAUUCUAAAUGUGGAAUUGACUGCGACUUCUCACUAAAGAUGAAAAGAGAAAAUAACUGUGAAAUUAGUAAUUCUAUUACAACCAAAGGAUCUAACAAAAGUAUUUAUACAAAAUGUAAAAAACAGAAAACAGUAAAAUCAUGCCACUUGGAAAUAAGAAAAAGAAAACAAAAAAAUAUGUUGUGUGAAAAUACAGUACAUAAACAUAAACAACAUAUAAAGAAAACAGACAAAAAUAAAUGCUGUGGAAGUGCAGUAGAAAAAGAAAAUACAAAUAAUUUUUCUAAAAUUCCUAUAUUACAGCAAAAUGAAACUGAUAUUAAAAUAAACAAAGCUGUAACAAAAAAUGAAAAUGAUAUGGAUGUUAAAUCAUUAGUCAUAUCUUUAAUAAAAAUAGAAGAUCUUCCUUUAUCUGAAUUAUCUAAGUUAAUUCAAACUUCGAACUAUGUUGAAAACAACAUGCUAAAGAAACAAGAAAAUGAAAUCAUAUAUUAUGAAACAAAAAAUAUUACAGAAACACAAUGUUCUGCAUAUGAAGAAUACAGAACUACUGGAGUUAAACAAAAUGAAGAAAUAAAUGUGUUGUAUCAUAAAUCAGUAUUUAAAAGAAAAUGUACAAAAUUUAAAAAAGAAUUAAAGAAAGAAAUUAAUGCUAACAUAACAAAUAUCAAAUUUAGAUCAAAUACAUAUAAAAUUUCAUCAGAGAAUAAAGUUUGUAACAAAAAUAUUUUACAACUUUUUUUAAAAAACAAAAGAUGUUUAAUGUAUAAAAGAACAAGGCAAAGAUCAAAAAUUCUUAAUUCAGAAAAAGUACAUGAAUGUGAAAUAAGAAAAAGUGUUGCAAUGUGCAAUAAAUGUAAUGAAGUCUUCAAUCUUUUGCAACAAUUUUCAAAUAAUAUAAAUUUUGUUCAAGGUGAAAAACUUUGUGUUGAAUGUACACUGUGUGAUUUACCAAUUACUCUUUAUCUCAUUUUCAAGAACAUGUAA